GAAUGCUGCAAGACACCUCAGCCCGAGUGACAACGUUGCGUGAGCGCUGUCUUGCAUCCACACUUGUCACACAAGCUAUCGCUGGAUACUUUGCUGAGAUCGACCGCUAUCUGGCGGUGUAUUUGUGGUCGUGUCAAAUGCAAAGUCAACGUGAAGUACACGAAAUGUUUGUGAUUCUACAGAGGGAGCAGGAGGAUCGUCAGAAAUUCCUGCUGACAAUCGAAAACCUGGUUGCCCGCGCACAGUCCUCUGUGGGACCGACUGCAACGCAAUUAAUUGGAACUGCUACACGUGGCUGUGUGACACUGAUAGAUGCAACAGGUCACCAAUAUCCAAUACCGGUGGACUUCUGCACCUCAUUUGAGCAAUUCAAUGAGAUGCUCAAAGUUCUCUUUAAACGCAACUCGAUUGAAGCUCAAAUCCAGAGACAGUAUAUGGAGAGCGGACAGUACGAUUUGUGCAUUGACGAAGGCAUGCAAGUAACUCGACUUAAUUCCAACGAAUGGUCAACACUGGAAGUGGGCACGAAAGUUAUCAUGAGGGCCAUCAUCCAACAGCAGACGACAUCAUCCUCUGGAGUUUCCUAUACAUGUUUUUGUGGUGGGGUGAAUCCCCUCGGCGUUGAGUCUAUCAUGUAUUCGCUUGAACGGCAGGCUGGUUCCUCGAUUGAUUGUCGAAAGUGCGGACGACGGUUUCAGAUUUCCCGCGUAUCUUGCCCUGCAAAGCAGAGUUCUGGCACUCGAUCGUCUAACAUCGACUUUGAUCGCAGAACUGACGCAGGGACGGACCUUAUUCCCAACUUGCAUAUCCAGCAAACUGAGAUUUCAUCUCUUGACGGAGUGUUCCAGUGCCUGUGGGCGCACUGCAACCACAUAAUUUUCGGCUACCAAAUAUAUCGUCACCUCCGUGCAUUUCACGGAAUUCAUGGUGCAGAUCACACGCGCGUAAUUUGCUCGUGGGGUUACUGUAACACCAAACUGUACAAGGAGAGCCUCGUGCGACAUGUGCAAGAAAAACAUCUCAGAAUUACAUAUUUUUGCGACACCUGCGACUGGGGAUCCGCGCGCAUAUACAACCUCAAAGUCCACAAGAGAAAUUGUAAGGGUCUGCAGCAGUAGAUGUAUUGCUUCGGUAUUUCAAAUAUUCAACCCAGAUUCCAGUGUGCCCAGUUUCCAAAAAAUUCUUACUUCGAUAAUCUUUUUUGCUCCGGCAUC